AUGUACCACCGCUACACGAGGGGCUGUGUACCCUUAUCACCACCUCCACUACAAGGUCAUGGUCACAAAGCAAGGUCAAAUGUCAAGCAUGGUUCAACCAGCCAGAGGUCGCCAACAGGAGCAAAACCAAGGAUAACGCUGGACCCCUACAUACGCCUCAAAUCUGAUAAGUUAGACUUGGCUCUGUCCUUCCUUGGCCUGGACGUCAGUGAGGAUAAGAGGAAGAAGCUGAGGCAGAGUCUGGCUGCAGACCCACAAGGCACGGUGGCAUAUGGAGACUUUGAAGAAGCUUCCAGAAACACAUUUCAGCAGGAACUGGAGGAUCUAGGAUUGGGGGCAGUUCCUUUCACAUUCUCCUACCACGAAGCAGCCAGUCUAAUGGACACAUCGGCCUUCCACUCACCUACAUAUGACUCAGAAUGCAGCUACAGCAGUGAGGAGAUGGAGCAGUUUCAGACAGAGGUGAAGCAGUUGCAGACCCAGAUGAAGCAGCUCAAGGUGAUGCUGAAGGACAUGGAGUACAGCAAGAAAACACUUGAAGAGGAGCUGCAGAAGACAUCAGAAAAAGCCUAUUUGACCGUGGAGGAGAACACCAGACUGAAGAGUCGUCUGCAGGCAGCCGAGGCUGAGGCAGUUCAGAGGCAAACCAGCAGCGCUGAUCAGGACUACGAAGAGGUUAUACAACUGCUGGAGGCUGAGAUAAGAGAUCUGAAAAACCAGCUGGCUGGGAAGAGACAAUCACAUGGAGCAGAAGCCAACAAGGAGGAGGUGGUGGAGCUGAACAGGAGGCUGACCACCAUCGACUACCGGCUGAAGAAGUCAGAGCUGAGCAGGAAACAGCUGGAGGUGUCCAACAAGAAACUGCUGGGCUUCGCUCAGAACGUCCAUAAUGUCCUGACUACUCCAAGUCUGUUUGGGGGGGAGGGCGGGAGCAGGUCGUCUCCAGUUACAGACAGUCCUGACGCCCUGUCACCACUUCCUGAUCCCGCCUUCCAACUGGCUGUGGAGGCCAAACAACUUGUUGCGGGGGGCUGUACUGUUGCUACUGAUGACAAAGGUACACCAAACUUCGAAUGCUGUCUCAUGUGUCGGGUCUCAUCAUGCAUGAGCCCCAGAGGACUGAAGGACCAGCCCAUCACUGAAGAGGCUGAACCCAAGUGA